UGGGCAGUUGUUUUUCGAUUUUUUGUCUCUUCGGUAGGGCGCGCAUUGCUGCAUUCGUACUAUGCGCACGAACAAACGAAUGCUAUACAAAAUUUUUCAAUAUUUUUUUUGUACUUUUUAAAAUUAUCAUAACACGGCACACCGUUCGAGCGUAAAGAAGCUUAGGAGCAACCAACGCUUGUUCAUUAAGCGUUUUGUUUUUAAUAAGAUUUGAAACUAAAUGUUUACGGAUUUUUUUAAAUAGGAUCAUACAAAGAAGGAGAAACGGUACCUAUCGUUGGUUGCAACUGGACAAACAUAAAGUUCGAAAAGCAAAAUAAAUAAAAAUAAAAAAUUUUAGCUUGAGAAAAGAGGCGCUCAACCAAAAUAAAAGAAUUUGUGGGAAUACAAUCGUAUGUGAACAUUUCCAUGUGAAAAUAAAACGAAGUUAAUUUCAAAAUUUACUUCAAAAUCUUUUGCCAUACAAAGAUAAUUGGAAAGGAGCAUAUGUGUUGUGUCGCAACAUUGAUUGUUGCGCUAACGGAAGUCACACACGACGACACACACCUAUCGAGAAGGUGGUGGCGGCAAAGGAACUUGGCAAGCAUUUGAAAUUAUCAUCUGCUCCAACAUUAUUGACUACAAAAUAGGCAAGCAAAGCACGCCGGCGGCUACAUUGAGGCAGGCUACAGCACGAGCGUUUCGCCCCAAAGCUUUUACUUUAAAUAACGAACAACAUUAACAACAAAUACAGUCCAGUAGUAGUACAUAGACUAGAGUGUGUGGUUAAGGGUGCGGCGUAAGCAGCCAAAAAUUUAGCUAGUAUGGAGUGCUGUUUAUCGGAGGAGGCGAAGGAACAGAAGCGCAUUAAUCAGGAAAUCGAACGGCAGUUGCGUCGAGACAAACGCGAUGCGCGAAGGGAACUCAAACUAUUGCUGCUCGGCACUGGUGAAUCCGGCAAAUCGACAUUCAUCAAACAGAUGCGUAUUAUUCACGGCAGCGGUUACUCCGACGAAGACAAACGGGGUUACAUUAAAUUAGUCUAUCAAAAUAUAUUCAUGGCCAUGCAGUCGAUGAUCAAGGCCAUGGAUAUGUUAAAAAUUUCGUAUGGCAAAGACGAGCACGGUGAAUUUGGCGAACUGGUGAUGAGUAUCGAUUACGAAACGGUCACAUCAUUCGAAGAUCCAUAUUUGUCCGCCAUUAAAACACUGUGGGCGGAUACUGGCAUACAAGAAUGUUACGAUAGACGAAGAGAAUAUCAACUCACAGAUUCGGCAAAAUAUUAUCUGAUGGAUCUCGAUCGUGUGGCUCAACCAGAUUAUUUACCAACCGAACAAGAUAUUUUGAGAGUUCGUGUGCCGACAACGGGGAUCAUUGAGUAUCCCUUUGAUUUAGAAGAAAUUCGAUUUAGAAUGGUGGACGUGGGUGGUCAGCGUUCCGAGAGAAGAAAAUGGAUUCAUUGCUUUGAGAAUGUGACUUCAAUCAUAUUUUUGGUUGCGCUAUCGGAAUACGAUCAAAUUUUAUUCGAAUCUGAUAAUGAGAAUCGUAUGGAAGAAUCAAAAGCUUUAUUUAGAACUAUUAUUACGUAUCCGUGGUUCCAAAAUUCAUCAGUUAUUCUCUUCUUAAAUAAGAAAGACUUAUUAGAGGAAAAAAUCAUGUAUUCGCAUUUGGUAGAUUACUUUCCCGAAUAUGAUGGUCCACAAAGGGAUGCGAUUGCCGCCCGUGAAUUCAUACUUCGUAUGUUUGUAGACCUUAAUCCAGAUUCCGAAAAAAUCAUCUAUUCUCAUUUCACCUGUGCUACGGAUACUGAAAAUAUUCGAUUCGUGUUUGCAGCUGUUAAGGACACCAUUCUCCAAUCAAAUCUGAAGGAAUAUAAUCUGGUCUGAAGUGCAUUCAGAUGGACAGACAAUUUUUGUGAUUUUAUUAUAUUCAUGAUUCCUUUUUCGCAUAAAAAUAUAUAAGUAAAAAAACAAAACAAAAAUAAAUAAACAAACACAAAAAAUACAUAUAACGCUAAAUUAAAAAGAAAAAUUAUAUAAGCAAAAACAAAAACAAAAAUAUUAGACAAACAAAAUAGCGCAAAUGGCGAUGAAUAUAAAAGUGAAACUAACGAUUAUUUAAAAAGAAAAAUUUUAUAACGCAAAGUAAAAAAUAGUAAAUAACAUUAAUAAUAAUAAUAAUAAUUGCAAGUAUAUAUAAAAUAAUAAAAUGUAUGGAAAUUCAGUAAAACUACAAAAUGAGACGGCAAUCAGACACCAACAAGUGUAAUAAUAUGCGAGAGGAGGAGGAGCUAGCACUUAUGUAACUAGAAAGAAGCGAGUGAAAAUAUUAGUUAAAUUUAUUUUAAAUUGUUUUUUUUUUUUGGAAUUUGCCAACGGCAACAUGAAAAUGCGAAAACGAAGGGAACGUCUCAUAUAUACACACAAACACAGGCAAACACGUGAAAAAGCGGCGAACACUGAACACAAGAAGAGAAGCAGCAAAUUAAAUAAUGAAUAAUGGAAAUAUAAUGCAUACAUAUGUAUAAUUAAUACGAAUAUAUACACACAUACAUAAAUACAUACAUACUACAUACUUACAUUAUUUGUACAUGUAUUGAUGAAGUGAACCACUAGAUGUAACCAUAAAUACAUUAAAAACAAACAACAACAACAAAAAAACUAAAUAAAUGCUAAAUGAGAAAACGUUUCUUAUUAUGUAAAUAAGAAGAAGAAGAAGAAGAGAGAAGUUCAACCAAAUAUUUAAGGAAAACAAAUGUGAAAAGUAAUCAUCUACAACAACAACUACAAAUACAACCGCUCCUACAACAACAGUUCGGCCGGCUAGCUGCGUUCAGGCGCGGCGAAUUGAGCAUACAAAAGGCAGACAAGGGGGCAGCAGCGGUUGACGGCAGCAAAUUCGCAUAUAUACAUACAUACACACACAUACCUAAAACAUACCCACAUACAUACAUACAUACAUACUUAGUUAAGGCGAAAAUUUAGAAGGGGGCGAAACAAGCGACGAAACUAAAAAUGUAACUGCAUAAUAUGCAUUGUUUAUAAAUAAUAAAUUAUUUAAUAAAAUCAAAUGAAAUGUGAAUUUUGUUUGUAUAAAACUUGCGAGCGCGCAAAUUUACAUAAAAAACGUACAGAACAUAUGGAAAAGUUACACUUUAUAAAUUGCACACUUGAACAUAGAAGAACAUUUAAAUCAAUUGCAAACACAAAAACAACAACUACGCCAUAAACACAUACGCACACUCGCGCACACAAGUCUACAUACAUACAUAUGUACAUACAAAUAGCGCGCAAAUGUAAAAGUUGUACGAAAACUGCAGCAACAAAAACAAAAACACACAAUGCAUGCGUUAUAAAGUAAUUAAAUGUAAAGCAAAUACAUACAAACUUACACACAUACAUGCAUGCGUAUAUGCAUUUGGGGAAAACGAAGAAAACGUAUGAAAGUUGUAAUGUCAUAUACAUACUAUAUAGUACAUACAUACACACCUAACUGCAUACAUAAAUAUAUGCAUAAACGCACACACACACACUUAAAUAUUAAGUUAUUAGUAAAAAAUGGUAUAAAAAAUAAUUUUGUGCUUUGUAACACGAUGGCAUUAGGAUUGUAUAACUGACAGUUCAUGAAUAUGUUCGCUUUAAGUUGGCGUUUUUAAAGUUUUGAAAACUAUGUAUGUACUAUGAUUGUUUUGAUUUUUUUUUUAAUUUCGAUUAGUUAACUAUUUUUGUUCUUGUUUUCGUUUUCGUUUUAUUAUUAUUAUGAUUUUUUGUAAAUUUGAUAAUGAUAUAAUAAAAAUAAAAAUUAAUAUAAAUAAUUUAUAUGCGCUCAUAAGAAAUAAAAAACAACAACAACAAGAAAUAUUUAUAUUUUGAACAAAUAAAGAAUGGAAAAAUUCAAAUAAACACACAUGAA